AGCUGAUUCGUUUGACAGUUUGCCAAAAAACACAAACAAAAAUCCUAAUCACAGAGCAGUGACUAACAACUUUACGCCGAUUUUUUCACCGUCGAAUUCCGGAUCCGGUAGAGAUGGAAAGUGCCUCCGCCCCAAUCAGCGAGGCGUGCGGGCGCGCCCUCAGCGACAAGACGUACGAGAAGCGCAAGAUGGCCGCUUCGGAGAUUGAGAAGAUGGUAAUCGAGUUCAACGCCAAGAAGAACGUCGCCCAGAUCCGGCGGAUCAUCGAGGUGCUGUCGCGGGACUUUGUGACGUCGAACGACUCGAACAAGAAGAAGGGCGGGCUGAUUGCGCUGGCCGCGACCAGCAUCGCGCUGCAAAAGGACACGGAACACUUUAUCGAGGAGUUGGUUAAUCCGGUGCUGAACUGCCUGAUGGACACGGACAAGGGCGUGCGGUAUUUCGCCAGUGAGUCGCUGUACAACGUGAUUAAGGUGGCGCGGGGGGCGAUCAUUCCGAUGUUUCCGAGCUUGUUUGUGUCGCUGAGUCGGCUGGUGACGGAUCCGGACCAGGCGGUUAAGAAUGGAAGCGAGCUGUUGGACCGGAUGUUGAAGGACAUUGUGAUUGAGUCGAACGCGACGUUCGAUUUGAACGUGUUUAUUCCGCUGGUGAGGGAGCGCAUCUUUGCAAAGAACUCCUUCGCGAGGCAGUUUAUAAUUUCGUGGAUUUCGGUACUGAACACGGUGCCGGAGAUUAACAUGGUCAUCUACUUGCCGGAGAUCUUGCUGGGUUUGUACCAGAUUCUGGAGGAUCCGAUGCCGGAGAUUCAGCGGAUGUGCGAGUCGCUGUUGACGCAGUUCUUAAAGAUGAUAAAGGCCGAUCCCACCGUGACUGACCUGUCCCAGAUGGUCAACGUGCUGAUCGUUCAGGCUCAGUCCAGCAACGUGCUAAUUCAGUACACGGCGCUCAUUUGGCUCAAGGAGUUUAUCCAGCUUUCCGGCGAAAGCCUAAUCGGAUUUUCAUCAGGGAUCUUCACGGCGGUCCUGCCCUGUCUUUCCUUCGAGAGUGAAUCCAAGAAGCAAAUCAAAGAUUGCGCGAUCGCGAUCAACGCGAACCUGCUGGAACUGGUCUCAACCAGUGAAAACAAAGAAAAAAAUCUCAACGCCAUGGAGCUGGACUCGGUAAUGGAAGUGCUCCGCCAAUAUCUCAUCCACAGCUCCGUCCCCACCAAGAUCGCCGCCCUCAAGUGGGUGCACCACCUCUUUACGGAAGUCCACGACGAAAUGUCCCGCAAACACGCGAAAAACCUAUUCCCAGUCCUCCUGCGAGACUGCCUCUCCGACAGUUCCGACGAAGUCGUCCUCCAGGCGAUUGUGGUCCUCGCGGAAAUCGUCAACUCCGCCACGGCCAGCGGCAGCGGCUUUGACCAGCGUCAGUAUCGACACUUCCUCAUGGAACUGCUGACCCUGUUCAGCGAGAACAAGAUCUUCCUGGAGAAUCGCGGCACGCUCAUCAUCCGGCAGCUGUGCCGACUGCUGAACGCCGAGUACAUCUACCGGACGUUUGCGGAGAUUCUGCAGGAGGAGAGCACCAACUUGAAGUUUGCCUCGACGAUGGUGCGCACGCUGAACAUGAUCCUGCUGACGACCUCCGAUCUGUUUGAGCUGCGCAACACGCUGCGGGAUAUCAGGAAUGAAAAGUCCGCCUCGCUGUUUGAGUGUUUGUACCGGUGCUGGUCGCACUGUGCCGUGUCCACGUUGUCGCUGUGUCUGCUGGCCCAGUGCUAUCAGCACGUUUCGGAGAUUGUGGUGCUGUUCGCCGACAUGGAGAUCACGAUCGACCUUCUCGUCGAGAUCGACAAGCUCGUCCAGCUGAUCGAGUCACCAGUCUUUGCUUCCCUCCGCCUCGCGCUGGUCUCCCACGCCAACGACAACGCCGACGCGCAGCACCUGUCCCGCGCCCUGUACGGCAUCCUGAUGCUGCUGCCCCAGACGGAGGUGUUCAACCUGCUGCGGAACCGGCUCCAGUGCGUACCCAACUACUGGGGCCAACCGGCGACGCUGAGCUCCGCGUCGUCCAACGAGAGCCAGAGCAAGAUCAACUUUGGCGAGCUGUUUGCGCACUUUAAGCGCGUCCAGGAGUUGCACCACCGGCAGCGGGUCGAGCAGCGCAAGAAGAUGGGUUGAGGCGGGACUGCGGUACAGUAAUUAUUUAUUAUGACGAUCAAAUUAAAACUAGCGCGCAUUCCACAACUAU